UCUCUCACUGCGCUCUCCUCCUCGGAGCUGCGUGCGUCUCUGCAUACGCUCGUGCGUAAGAGCGCGCCGAUGGAUGCGUAAAGUGCAAGACUCCCGCGGAAAAAAAACAAACAAAAAAAAAAAACAUAACAAAAAAACCCCAACAACGAUAAGACAUAUAGAGAGAGCUUUAGAUGAUGUUAGUCAAGAUGUUCUUCAGCUCGGAUGAAGGCGCGCUGCUGUUUGGGUGCAUGUCCCUGGACUUUUCAGCAUCGCGGAGGGACCACCGUCGCUCCUCUCCGAGCGUGUCUGCGUGAAGUGGAACGCAGGAGGAAGAAACACAAUGCGAGGCGCGUCCUUUCUCCUCGGCUUCCUGCUGCUCAAAGUUAGCGCUCUGCUGUGCACGGCUGACGGCGAGCCGGGCUUGCUGGGGGGCUUCGUGAUGAUCGCCACCUCCAACGGCUCCCGGGAGGAGGAGAGCGUGUCGGAGGAGACCCUGCACACGGAGGACAGAUGCCGGGGCUACUACGACGUCAUGGGCCAGUGGGACCCUCCGUUCGUCUGCAAAACGGGCAAUUAUUUGUACUGCUGCGGCACCUGUGGCUUCCGCUUCUGCUGCGCCUACAAGCACUCCCGCCUGGACCAGAGCACCUGCAAAAACUACGACACCCCGUUGUGGAUGAAGACCGGCCAGACGCCGUACAAGAAAAACCGCAACAAGAUCCACGACAGCACCAAAGACAAGACCAACUUGAUAGUUUACAUCAUAUGUGGAGUUGUGGCCAUCAUGGCCCUUGUGGGGAUUUUCACCAAACUGGGACUGGAGAAGGCUCAUCGUCCUCAGAGAGAGAACAUGUCCAGGGCCGUGGCCAGCGUGCUGCAGGGCGGGGGUCCGAGUGAGCAGUACCAGGGAGAAGAGGCCCUCGGCAUGCAUUCCAAGCACUACGUUUCCAGAGCUGCAAACCUCCAGGGCGGUCAGAUGAACAACAACCUAGGAUCGGCGUCAAACAUGAUCCAACAGCACCCGUAUCCUGCUCUCGGUCAGCUGGCUCAUGUGUAUGAACAUCAACAACAUCAACAACAACAACAACAACAACAUCAACAGCAGCAGCAACAACAACAACAACAACAGCAGCAGCAGCAACAUCAAAACAAGGAUUUCAACAAGUACGCCUCCCUGAAGGCAGUGGCUGCCAAAUUCAAUGGUGAAGUCUACAACAAGCGCAGGCUGAUGGUGGAGCUGCCAACGAAAGAUGUUCUUCCGCUUCAGCCUAUAGGGAACUCCCGACCUUCUAUGGCCAACAUGUCGUCGAUGACCACUAACCACCCUAUUGCUUUUAACCCAAUGGCUUCCCACUCCAUGAACCCAGCGAUAAACCAGAUGCCCUCCAUGACACCUAUGACAUCAAUAACACCCAUGACUUCUAUGACUCCCAUGACGACACUCACCCCAAUGAACUCUAUGACUCCUAUGACGUCAUUGGGCCCACUCACCCCAGAGCCGGUGGCAACAUAUGUUACUGAGAUGCCCAGAGUCUCCUCCAUCUCGACUCUCCCGACAGAACGGCGUGGAGUUGGAGGAGGAUCGCUGAAGCCCAACGGUCAGAAACUUAAAAGCAACCACGGCCAUGUUGCCUACAGCGCUCACAGUGCCCACACUCACCUUCACAGCCACAGUAGCAAGCCGCCAGGACUGGGGACUACCUCCCUGGCGCACAUGGCAGGUACUAUGCCAGGUGGCACAUCCUUGGGCAUCUCCAGGGUCGCCGAGACCCCAAUUGGCUCCAGCUUUGCAACAAUGGGGCGCCCAUUGGUGUACAGUUCCAACACCAUAGCGGCUGGGCAUGGGGUGGGAAUGGGGCUAAGGGGAUGGGAUGGGACAGAGACAGUUGGCCGGAGGAAGACCUAUGGGCACAAGAGGCCUCAGUGUACAGUGCUGGAGCCUAACCAGCUCCAUGGCAGCAGAGGCCAAAGCCACAGCCAACACUUCCUCCCCACACAGCCCUACUUUGUGACCAACAGCAAGACAGAGGUGACUGUGUGAGACAAAAGGAAGAAGGGUAAAGAAUGCAUGGUGACAUAAAUGGAUACACCAACACGAGAGUUGGCCAAAGGCACAGGUGUGUUUGUUCAAAUCUGAGGUGGUACUGGUAAAUGAUAUGCACUUUGUGACACCACAUCUGAUUGGGCCCUUUUUAACACAAAGAGAGUCCAUCAAAUCACCACUGAACAGCACGUUGAUGUCUGAUGCUAGUGGUCAGGUGACAUCAUCAUAACAAUGUAAAGUUGUUGAACAUGUGUAUCACAGCUACAUGAGCACUGCAAUGUCACAGAGAUUGAUGGGAACCAAACCCUGGAAGCAAUAUAAGAGAUCCAGCACCCAGGCAUUGUUUGCGAAGUCAAAUUGAUAGUCCCGGUGUCUGCCAAACGAGAAUUAAAUGGUUGAACUACAAACAUUCCAGUAUGCCUCACCCCCCAAAUGUCUUGAUGUGUUGAAAAUGACAGAGGACAAGGGCUCUGGGCUUUGGACUGCAAGCAUACAAGGUUCACUAGAUGUUUCCUCAAAAGCUUUGGAACUGAAGGUCUGCCUUCUGGAACAAAGCUCCAACACAGUUAAUGGGUGGCAGAGACACAGCUCUUGUCUGCAGAGACACAGCAUGAUUCUUCCAUAGUCACACUGAAGUGCACAUAUUCCAACACAUGCAGGAAUAGGACCGGGGCGAACAUAGAAGAAACUACAUAGGAAUACUGUAGAAACGUCAGCCGCCCCAGCUUGAUCCAUUUAUGCUUUGUUUUGUUUGUUUGCAUAUGUGAUUUGUGCACAUGUGUUGGAUAUUGUAUUAAAUCUCCACUGGAACACUUAAAUAUGAUUUGUUUAAAGGAGUCAACAGGCAUGGAUUUAAGUCUAAAAUGACUUUCUUCAGAAUACAUUCAAGUCAUAAAUACACAAAUGAUUAGGGGUUUUGGAGCUGUGGUCAGAAUGGGGCCUUUAAAAAACUGGGACUGGGCCAAUCAUUUUGGUAUAUACAGUAUGAUUUAUGACUCAGCAGACACUAAACACAAACCCAAAACAAUAAUGGUUUCAUUUUUGAUAAGCAAUGAUAGAGUAUCUAGGCUUGAUUAGAUAUCUUACUGUACUCAAAAAUAUCACCUUUCCAAGCCAUACAGGCCAUGUGCACAUAGAAUAUAGUCCAAUUGGACUUUUAUGGAUAUGUCAGUUCGAAUGUGGCGUCUGUAGGGAGUUUGGAUAUUUGUCUGCACUCCCAAUUUUAAAGUGUGAAAGAAACACUCGGAGGAGAAAAAAGAUACAUUAAGGACCAGAAUCAGUUGACCACAAUAUUUGACAAUUGUUUGAAUUAAAAAAUCAAUAAAUCCCAUAGCGAUCGAUUUUGUUCUGAGUGUUCCGUUCCAAGUUGAAACUACAGUCGUCCCUCACUACAUUGCGCUUCAAAUAUUGUGCCUUCACUACAUCGCAUAUUUAAUUUUAUUAAUUUUUUAAGGAUAUUCUACAUAAUUCUGACUCAAAUUAAGUGAUAUAUUAAGUCUUAUUUAUGUUUUAUAAAUACAGUGCAGUAUUUAUCUUAUGUUCUAUUAUGAUGUUGUGGCGAUCGAUAAAAAUGUUCAAAAAGCGGGACUUCCAGUUGCGGGUUAAAGGGUGGCACCUCUGCAUCUUGUCAGAAGAACUUCUUGAUGCACUUAAAUUUCAACUCCUGUCUCACCAAUAACACAUCUCUACAUUAGUGAGACUUAGGUGUGAGCAUUGUCAAAAGAAGAGACGCCAGACGGACCAGACUCGAUGUUACUCGGAGCGCCAUUAUAGCUAACAAGACUGCUAUCAGCAGCUGUCUGAGCAAUGCGAAGUGGAGAUUAACUAAACGAGAUGCACUUCAACUUCAUCAUCUUUGGCCCCUUUUACACUGCACACCAAAUCUGAUUUUUUUUUUCCCUCAAGUGACACAGAUCUACAAAAUGUGCAGCAGUCUAAACGGCAAUGCCACCUGAAUGCAACUUUUACACCAUCUUUAGUAGAGCUACGUCACUCGUGUGUGCAACAUGAUCACUUUCCAUUUUGCAAUUCUCUUAUUCCUCCUCCUGCAGUUAUUUUCCAUCAUCUGCCGAAAUCCUCCACAAAAACCCACUAACACGCUGGUCUGUGGUGUCCAUGUUUUCUAGUGUAGCAGCAACUUCCUUCUUCAUUUACGGGAUUCGGUGUUCAUUCGA